AUGUUGUUUAGAUACAAGGCUUUUCUCCCUGUUGAAGUGGCAAAUGAUGAUGUGGCUACGUCUGAGGAGUUUUCUGGAACUGUUACAAAGGCUUCUAGUUAUUUGAGUGCUGAUGAUAAUCGUGGUUUGGACCCCCUAUUGGUGUUGUGUUCGUGGUUUUGGUGGAUGUUGGAUGUUGCAAAGAUAAUUUCACAACCUAAGGUUGAUUAUGAGCCAGCGGAGUGGAAGGACAAAAUCAAGUGGAUAACAAGAAAAAGUAAGGGGAAAGGUUGGCAACCUAAUCUUCUAAAGUUUGCAACUGCUGAAACCAUUUAUGAAGUGUGGAAGCAUAGACAUGAAAAGAUCUUUGGACACAAUAUUUACUCCUUUCAUUUCUGUGGACUAUAUAUAACCCUACAUUGUCGGUCUAAAUCUCAAUCUUUCUCUUCAAUUUCCUCUUUUUUUCCAACACACUUUCUUUCUGAGAUGAGUUUGAGCAAUGAGAAUGAGAAGAAUCAGUCUUCUUUACCAACUAGUAAUGGUAAUGGAAUAGUUGAUGUUGUUGAUGCUGCUGACAAUGAGAAUGAGAAUUCAAAGAAACCCUUCAAGAUCUUUGUAGGUUAUGAUCCACGUGAAGACAUUGCAUUUCAGGUAUGUCGUCAUUCAAUCAUCAAGAGGUCUUCAAUUCCUGUUGAGAUCAUACCAAUUAAGCAGUCAGAUCUGAGAAAAAACGGUCUUUAUUGGCGUGAGAGAGGUCAAUUUGAGAGCACUGAGUUCUCUUUUACAAGAUUCUUGACACCUUAUUUAGCAGAUUAUCAAGGUUGGGCUUUGUUUGUGGAUUGUGAUUUUCUCUAUUUAGCUGAUUUUAAGGAAUUGGUUGAUUUGAUCGAAGAUAAGUAUGCUAUUAUGUGUGUUCAACAUGAUUAUGCUCCAAAAGAGACAACAAAAAUGGAUGGUGCUGUUCAAACUGUUUACCCUAGAAAGAACUGGUCUUCCAUGGUUUUGUAUAACUGUGGUCAUCUUAAGAACAAGGCUCUUACUCCUGAUACUGUGAAUUCACAGACUGGUGCUUACCUUCAUAGGUUUCAAUGGCUUGAAGAUGAUGAAAUUGGUUCUAUACCUUUUGUUUGGAAUUUUCUUGAAGGGCAUAAUAGGGUUGUUGAAAAUGAUUCCACUACUUUACCCAAGGCCAUUCAUUAUACUCGUGGAGGGCCGUGGUUUGAGGCGUGGAAGAAUUGUGAAUUUGCUGAUCUAUGGCUUAAUGAGAUGGAAGAGUACCUGAAACAGGCCAAAAAAUAA